CGGAACGAAACCCUAACCACGAAUACGAGAACGAGGACGAGGACGAGGAGCGGACACGCUUCCUCUGCUUGGAAUCGGAUCUGGUGCGAGGAGGAAGAGGAAGAGGAAGAGGAAGAGGAAGAUGAAGGUCCGCGCAUCGGUGAAGCGGCUGUGCGGCUUCUGCAAGGUGGUGAAGCGCCGGGGGAUCGUCUUCAUCCACUGCACCUCCAACCAGAAGCACAAGCAGCGCCAGGGCUUCUCCACCAUCGCCGCCUGCCUCCCAGCCCCGCCGCCGCCCACCUCCGCCUCCGCCGCCGCGUUCGCCGAGGCUUCCAAGGUGGCCAGGCAGGAGAUGUCAACGAAAUUCAACUGGCCGCUGGGUCUAGCUGCCAUGUUCAAGAAUGGUGACAAGUAAUCAGAUGAUGAAUACUAGCUAGUCGCUGUUUUGGUAUUAAGUGGAGUUUCCAGUUGAGGAAUUCCUGUAACGAAAAUUAGAAUAUAAUCGUGUAUCCGAUGCCAUUGGUUAAACUGUUCGUUUCAUGGAAUAAUAUUGGCAUACACUAUUACUCUGUCUCGUGAUAUGUUUGAUUCAAACAGAGCCGCUUUGACUUA